CUUCCACACCUAAUUAGUAAUGGUGUACAACUUUUUAUCUUCCAUCUAUCUUUUUCCAUUCAAGUGUUCCAGCUGAACUUAUUAUGGAAAUCUAAGGAAAGAUCAUCAUCUGUUGCAAAGAAAUCAGGAAGGAAAUCACCCCAUAGUCUACAGGUAUGUUGCUUACAUGCAACGACAGGAAGGGAAGGGGUCACCGCUGCAGUCAACAUAUUUUGCCCCCUUCCAUUGCUUCUUAAUAAAAUAUAUAUUCAUUUAUCAUUUGAGAAGACGUAGCAGGAGAGGCUAAGAAAAGAUGUUAGAGAAAAUAGGAUUACCAGCGAAGCCAUCGAUUCGAGGAAGAACAUGGGUAUUAGAUGCUUCGCACUGUCAAGGUUGUUCGUCUCAGUUUACCUUUUUCAAUCGCAAGCAUCAUUGUCGCAGAUGUGGAGGCUUGUUCUGCAACAGUUGUACACUGCAGAGGAUGUAUUUACGUGGCCAGGGAGAUCAACCCGUAAGAAUUUGUAAUCCUUGCAAGGAUCUUGAAGAAGCUGCACGGUUUGCAGCACGUCAAGGACGCAAAAACCAAGCACCAAAAGGUGGCUCAAGAACAUCUGCAAAAUCUGAUGAUGAAGUAAUACAACAUAUCCUUGGCACUGAUGGGAAACCUGAAAGCUCAGCAGACAUUAACUCUACUGGAGAUGAUCACUCAAGUGCUGCAGCUGAUGCUUCAAAUUCUAUGUUGCAGGAAGGUGAUGACUCAAAUCAGAGUGGAAAGUUUGAGUUAUCUGAAAGCAGCUCCCGGGAUGGCACUAUCCAUGAUAAUGUUGAGAAGGAUUCCUCUACACCUGAAGAAUUGCGGCAACAGGCCCAAGAGGAGAAGAAAAAAUAUCAUGUUCUUAAGAAAGAAGGAAAGAGUGAAGAAGCACUACAAGCAUUCAAACGGGGCAAGGAGAUUGAACGGUGUGCUGAAGCUUUAGAGUUAUCUUUGAGAAAAAGUCGUAGAAAGGCUGGUUCUUUUACAGUAGGCACUAUGGAGUUAAACCAAGAAGAACUUGGAGAUCCAGAAAGGAAGGCUCUAGAUAUAUCCAAGGACGGUGAGGAAUUGGACUUGGCUAUAGAAGUACAGAAAAGGAAAUCAACAAUACGAGGAAAGGAUAAAAUUGAUGACAUAUCUAGUGAACUAAAAGAGCUGGGAUGGUCUGAUGCUGAUUUGCAGGAUGUGGAUAGAAAACCAAGCAAGAUGACUCUGGAUGGUGAAUUGUCCAGUCUAAUAAGGGAAUCUCAUAAUUCUAAAGCAAACAGCCCCGGGAUUGAAUUUGCUAGCAGUAUUGAUCGCACACAGGUACUUGCACAUAAAAGAAGGGCCCUUGCACUAAAGCGUGAAGGAAAGCUUGGAGAAGCAAAGGAAGAGCUGAAGAAAGCUAAAAUCCUAGAAAAGCAACUGGAAGAACAAGAGAUGAUUGGGCAGGAUGUAGAAUCAGAUGAUGAGCUUGCUGCACUGGUACGUGGCUUGGACAGUGAGUCAAAAGGAGAAGCCCAUCCAUUGGGAGGGCUGGGUGUAAAGUUUGGAGAAGAGUCAAUUUUUGAUCCAAGCCAUAUUACAACCAUGGCAGGUGAAUUUGAUGAUAAUUUAGGUAUUGAUGUGACCGAUGAUGAUAUUAAUGAUCCAGAAAUUGCUGCAGCCUUGAGAUCCAUGGGUUGGCAAGAGGAGGAUUCAGAACAACCAUUGUCUGUGCCUGGGGCCAGUCUAUAUUUUGAAAACAGUACUAGGUCGUCAACACAAUCUCUUGUAGAUGCAAAAUCCAAUUCUUACCAUGAUAGAGCUGCUUUACAGCAAGAAGUGUUAUCCCUUAAGAGAGAAGCUCUUGCCCUAAAGCGUGCAGGUAAUGUUGCUGAGGCAAUGGAACAGUUGCGGCAAGCUAAGAUGCUUGAAAAAGAGCUGCAAAACAUAACAUCACAGCACUCAGUGCAUGACACUGAUUUAAAGUAUGAUGUUUCUAAUCAUGUGGAUCCUAGAAUACCUGGAUCAGGAAAUGUAGGUAAAAAGUCACACUUAGCAGAAACGAAUGUAAGUUUAAUGAAUUUACAUGAUGAAGAUGGUGAGUCAAUUGAGGUAACUGAUGAAGAUAUGGGGGACCCUGAGCUCGUCAAAGUGCUAAAAGAUGUGGGUUGGCAGGAAGCUGAGCAAGAGAGUGUUCCAAGAAAAAAAUCUGAAACUGUGCUAUCUGGCCAAAAUUCUUCAGUGACAUCUCCACUCAAAACAAAAACAGAGUUGCAGAAGGAACUAUUAGGCAUUAAAAGGAAGGCUCUUUCCCUUAGACGGGAUGGGAGAAUUGAUGAGGCAGAUGCAGAGUUGAAUAGAGGUAAAUUAUUAGAAAAGCAAUUGGAAGAGACGGAAGCUUUGCAGAAGACUAAAAGUACACAGGCAAGCAUAUUGUACAAUAACUCUAAACCAAGUCGAAAAGAUAGAGGUAGUGAUUUUAGGGUAUCAUCACUUAUAGAGGAAGAGGAUGACAAGUUGAUUGAAGUAACUGAAGAAGAUAUGGUGGAUCCUGAACUUUUCAAACAGUUAAAUGGCCUUGGAUGGCAGGAAGCUGAUCAAGUGGGAGUCUCAAGAAAUUCUGAAAAUCAGAACAUUCUUUCAGCACAGUCUGGUAAUAAGUCAUCAUCAGCAUCUCCAUUCCAGAUGUCAAAGUCCAAAGCAGAGCUGCAGAAGGAACUAUUAAGGCUUAAAAGGAAGGCUCUUGCUCUUAGACGUGAAGGGCGGCUUGAAGAGGCAGAUGCAGAGUUGAGUAAAGGAAAAUUUUUAGAAAAUCAAUUAGAAGAUAUAGAAACACUACAGAAAAGUCAUAAUACUCAAGCAAGUAUCUUGCAAGACAAUUCUAAACCAAGCCAAAAAGGAAGAGUUAGUGACUCAAUAUCGUUAUCUUUUAAAGUGGAUGAAGAUGCUGGAAGAGUGAAAAAACAAGAUAUGCAUGACCCUUCCAUGCUUGCAGCAUUGAGGAGUACAAAUUGGAGAAAUGACAGUGACAACGGUAAUGAAAUGAAAGUUUCACCAACCCCUCAUCAACCCCUUGAUGCAGUUCCUGAGGCUUUUACUGACCCAAGCAAUGCUAGAGGACUAAAGACAUUGGAAAACAAGAGAACUUCUAUUACUGGCAAAUACGAUGACAUUCAAGAUACAUUCUUGCCAAAUAAUGUAAAAGGCGAACCAAAUAAAAAUAUUUCAUCAGAGAAGCAACCCCCAAAUGUUAUUGAUUUGCUUACUGGUGAUACAUGGAAAGCUCCUCCUUUGGAACGAGUAGAAAACUUGGUAAACAACAGGGAUAAUGAGCCAGUGAAUGAUGCUAUACCUAGCACAAGUGACAUUUCCAUAGGGACAACAAGCAUAUCCAAAGUUCAGGUGAAGGUUAACAGUGGUUCUGGUGGUAAUCCAGAACAAAACAUUCAACAUGCCUCAGCUGAAGAGAAGGCAAAGUCUGUGAUGCUGAAUGCUAGUGAUGUUUCCAGCAUGACAAACACCACUAAGUGCAAUGCAGAAACUACAGAGAUUUCUGCAUCUUCAAUUGCUCCCCAAAUUCAGGACUUGCAACAAGAAAUAUUAUCUCAUAAGAGGAAGGCUCUUGCACUGAAAAGAGAGGGCAAGUUAGCAGAGGCUAAGGAGGAGCUACAUCUUGCCAAGUUACUACAAAGGGAAAGAGAGCUUGAGGGCAAUAGCGGUAGCCAAGUGUCAUCAUCAUCUCCAUCUCCAUCUCCAUCUCAUACAGUCAAUGCUUCUGAACAGAUAAUAAAACCACUAGAAGAGGCCAUCCCAACUGUAGAGUCUUCUCAAACACCUAUGAAAUUUGUUCCAGCUUUGUUCUCUGAUAGCACCCGAGUUUCAUCCUCUGGUAGUGAAGCUGAUGUUUCCUUAAAGAAGCAACAAAUCCAUAAGCAAACCCCAACCAAAGAUCGCCUAAAGUUGCAGCGGGAGUCACUCGCACAUAAAAGGCGUGCUCUUGCUUUGAGACGUGAAGGAAAAGUGGAAGAAGCCGAGGCUGAAUUUGAGCUAGCAAAGUCUUUGGAGAGUCAGAUGGAUGAAUUAGCUGGUAACAACUCACAAGUUCAUCAUUCCACUGUUGGUAUUGGUAGUGAUGAUGGGAGUCUAGUAGAUAAUAUUCUUGAUCCCCAUUUGUUGUCUGCCUUGAAAGGAAUUGGCUGGAAAGAGAGUGAUAUCUUUAGCCAGGUGCCAACUAAAGGAUUAGAUGCCAAAAACAAAGGGCAUGAAUCUAUAUCUAACUCUGUUCGUAGUAACUUUGGAAAUGAGGCGCCACAAGUAAAUGUACAACAAACUUUAGGUUUAAAAGAAGAAAGGUCUCAUCUUGAAGAAAAAAUAAAAGCAGAAAAACUGAGGGCACUUAAUUUGAAACGAGCAGGUAAACAAGCUGAGGCGUUAGAUGCACUUCGUGGAGCAAAGCAGCUUGAGAAGAAGCUACAGUCGUUGGCUGCUUAAAGCUCUCCUAUACUUGGAUCUAUGUCAAAGUCUGAAUACAGAGGAAUUUUUCCAAAUGAUGUACUCUUGUGAACCUCUGUGGCCUGUGUGAGAGAUAUGCAUGAUAUGGCAUAUAAUUCCAUAAUGCUUCUUUUCAUAUAGCAUUAUGCAAUCAUGCAGUGUGUUUAUUGGAAGAGACAAUGAGAACCAUGAUUAAAUGGACAAAUUUAUUCCAACAGGAUUCUGUGUUUUGGUAGAUCCUAGAGGUAAUCAGGCUAUGGGCAUAAAGGAAAUAUCACACUUUGAGAAUCAUUUUGUAAGUAAACAACCUUUCUGAUUGUGAUUUGUGAGAAUGGUGGAUGGUGCAGGGAAUUUGGCCUUUUUGCAUGGGCUAGAAUUCCAAACAAAAUCUUGAUUUUGUGGAGAAAUGAAUAUGAAACUAAAAAAGAGGGGAUUUAUUUCAACAUUUGUUGAAAUGUUUCUUGUACAUUCAUCAAGCUCAGUGAAACUAAAAGUGUGGUUUGCCUACAAGUCAUUGUUUCUUUAUUUUCUGGUGAGUUAUGCUCAAUGUGGCCUUCCAUCGUUUGUAUGGUAUGUUCAUCAUCGUCAGUCAAGGAUUUGCAAAUUAUCAAUUUGAAUUGAACUAUAUAUUGCUAGGCAUUUUACCUUCCCCCACUUUUAUGAAUAUGAAUGGGGAGGGAGGCCUUAUGAAAAUUGAAUUAUUGUUAUUA